AGAGAGGGGGCUUGGGGGGGGGGGGGUCAUGUGCAGUGUAUUUAUGUAAGACACCCAGACAGAGGGCACUGGUAUUUAUAUAACCUGGCGUGGGUAUUUAUGUAAUAUAGGAUGCAGUAUAUUUAUGUUCCUUUCCUAACCUGUGGCUUCCCCAGCUGCCAUGUGUGGUCUCUGAGUUGGCGUUGGUGGAAACCCGGCGGGGAGUGUGUGUGUGGGGGGAUGUUUGUGAGUACACACCCAGGGCCCCCCCCUUUCCCUUAGGGAUCACGAGGGUGAGCCUCUGCUCCUGUCUUGGGGGGGGGCGGGGUGUGCACUUAGGAAGCUGGACCAUGUGUGGACCUGUGGUGCCAGGCUGGUGGGUUUUCCACAGAGGUGCAGUAAGUACUGCUGUUGGCAACCAGGGCAACUCAGCUGAGUCCAGGCCAGCCAUGUGGGCAGAGGCCCUAGAUGAAGAGCCCAGAGUUUUUGGCUGGCGUCCAGUGGCAGUCUCUUCCUUGUGAAAGGACUGUGUGGCUCUCUGGGAGCUAGUACUAGGCUGAGGUGGUUCUCCUGGCUUGGACCUCUCGGCUCUUAGGCUGCUCAAGGGGAGAGCUAGUGAAUCUCUCCCGGCUUCCUUCCAGGCCUGGCAGCUAGGGGUAGGCUUGGCACAGGGAAGGGGCAGGCCCCUCCCCGAGCAAGCCGGCACAGCUACCUACCAUCUCCCGGUUUUACUUCUCACGCCUAGAGUGAAAUAAGUUCUGGGUAGGAGGCCUGGGACCAGGUGGGCUAACCUGACCCCUUUUGAUCCUAGGUGAAAUUCUGCUUUCGACUUGCCGCUGCUGGGUGGCAGGCAGCAAGGUCACCCCAGGCUUGGGUCCCAUCUGCAAAAGGAGUCCCCUCCUGUUUGCUCACAUUAGCUCAUCUGUAAACAAGCGGAGGUCUCAGAGACCCGUUUUCUCCCCCAUUUCCCUGCCUCCCCAUCUUCCGGCAGCCCAAACUGCCCUCCAGUCUUGGAGUCGUCUUUUUUGCUGGCCUGGAACUGUACCCAGACCUCUCCCAGGCUAGUACAGAGGGAUCCUGCCAUGGUGACCCAAUCCUUGUUACCCAGGGUUUGGGGCAUCCGGUUAUCUCAGGAAGGAGGGAUGCUACUUAGAUCACCCUUGUUGGGACCAGUGACUUCAAGGAAGCUUGCCUGAGAACCCACCCAAAGAGACAUGUGCAGAGAGGCCUAGAGAUGGUCCUCUACAUCCUGGGUAGAUAGAGCCUGGGAGGCAUCAGAGGCAUUAUGAGGGACCUUGCCUCCCCUUCCUGAGUGGGGAUCAGACCUUCUCAUGUGGGGCCUACCCGAACAGGCCAGCCCAGCCCUGUGUUAGCAUCCCAGGGGCAUGAUAGAGGUGGUACCCUGUGCCCACAGGAGUCUCAUAGUCCCUUUUUCUUCUUCCCACCCCUGGAGGUUGGAUCUUGGUGGUGGCUCUGGUAGUUUUCAGGAUGAUCUGCUCCAUGGACCCUGUUCCUCCUACUUCUGACAGAUUUCUGGGGUUCAGGACCUCCCUGGGGUAUUCAGGUGCCUCUAGAGUGUGCAUGCAGAUGAAGCACGCUGGAGACCUUUGGCCUUUAGCCUGUUAGGGUUGGUGGAGAGACGCUGCUGAGCCCUGGAAGCAGGACUUGGGUCCCCUGGCUCUUCCCUGUCCCCUCUUUGUCCUUGAUGUUCCUUUAGGGCGUUAGCCCAUGGUCACCAGCCUCCCCCCUGAGGAGGCUCACGUUGGAUGGUCCACUUGGCUUUCUCUUCCUGGGCCUUGGCUCUGAUUCCACCUUUUCUGGACUGAGUGAAGCUUGUUCUAGACCUGCCUCAGCCGUGCCCAGGGUGAAGCAUGGAGCUGCGUGUGGGAAAUAAGUACCGCCUGGGCCGGAAGAUCGGCAGUGGGUCCUUCGGAGACAUCUACUUGGGUGCCAACAUCGCCUCUGGUGAGGAAGUAGCCAUCAAGCUGGAAUGUGUGAAGACGAAGCACCCACAGCUCCACAUUGAGAGCAAGUUCUACAAGAUGAUGCAGGGAGGAGUGGGGAUCCCGUCCAUCAAGUGGUGCGGGGCUGAGGGCGACUACAACGUGAUGGUCAUGGAGCUGCUGGGGCCCAGCCUCGAGGACCUUUUCAACUUCUGUUCCCGAAAGUUCAGCCUCAAGACGGUGCUGCUGCUGGCCGACCAGAUGAUCAGCCGCAUUGAGUACAUCCACUCCAAGAAUUUCAUCCACCGGGAUGUGAAACCUGACAACUUUCUCAUGGGCCUGGGGAAGAAAGGCAACCUGGUCUACAUCAUUGACUUCGGCCUGGCCAAGAAGUACCGCGAUGCCCGCACCCACCAGCAUAUCCCCUACCGGGAAAACAAGAACCUGACUGGCACUGCCCGCUACGCCUCCAUCAACACCCACCUGGGCAUCGAGCAAAGCCGUCGAGAUGACCUGGAGAGCUUGGGCUACGUGCUCAUGUACUUCAACCUGGGCUCCCUGCCCUGGCAGGGUCUCAAAGCAGCCACCAAGCGUCAGAAGUAUGAGCGCAUCAGUGAGAAGAAGAUGUCAACGCCCAUUGAGGUCCUCUGCAAAGGCUACCCCUCCGAGUUCUCGACAUACCUCAACUUCUGCCGCUCCCUGCGGUUCGACGACAAGCCGGACUACUCGUACCUGCGCCAGCUCUUCCGAAACCUCUUCCACCGGCAGGGCUUCUCCUACGACUACGUCUUCGACUGGAACAUGCUCAAAUUCAUGCGGCCCCCCUUCUGCCAGCCCCCUGCCCUUCCCUGUGGACGGCCUCAGGACCAGCUAGGGUGCAGCCCGGAAUCCCGAGGACGUAGACCGGGAGCGGCGAGAACACGAACGAGAAGAGAGGAUGGGGCAGUUGCGGGGGUCCGCGACCAGAGCCCUGCCCCCUGGCCCCCCUACGGGGACCACCGCCAACCGACUCCGGAGCGCAGCCGAGCCUGUGGCUUCCACCCCAGCCUCCCGCAUCCAACAAGCUGGCAAUACUUCUCCCAGAGCGAUCUCACGGGCCGACCGGGAGAGGAAGGUGAGCAUGAGACUCCACAGAGGUGCGCCUGCCAACGUCUCGUCCUCAGACCUCACUGGGCGGCAAGAGGUCUCCCGGAUUUCAGCCUCACAGACAAGCGUGCCAUUUGACCACCUCGGGAAAUGAGGGGAGCCACACGGACCAGUGUUCUCUUAGUAUCUUCACUGCGUUUUCUCUAAAAACAAAAUAAAACAAAGGACAGAAAGAAAGAACCAACCACUCGAAUGAUCAAAAAGGA